AUGUUUCCCGACUUUGUCGACCAUAUAAGAGACUACAAGAAGGUGAAGGAAAAACCCUCGUCAACUUCCCGAUUUCAAGAAUAUCUGUCAGUCAAACGCCAGAAGCGCGAGCGUCGGCCUGGAACAGAACAUCGCGUGCAAGACUUCCCGGGUCAACAGCAGGCCAGCUUUGACAAUUUAUUGCCUAGGUGGUGCAUGAGCCCUCUUUUCUUCAAGACUGGGCAGGCUUCUGGAAGUCCAGGCCAGAAGAUUCGGCUAGGUCUUGCUCGAAUAAUAUUCUCCUCGCGAAAGCCUUGUUAA